GAGUAUACUGUAUAUCACGCCCCUGGACGUGCAUGUGUUUGCAGUUGUUAAAACCCACCUGUCGUGCUUGCAGUGACCUUUGAAGGUCCAGGAUCACAGCCAGGGAACCAAUCAUAUCAGCGGACUGCAGCACAGAAGCGGAAGUACAAACAACGUGAUGUGUGACGGACAUUGUAAACAAACGUGAGUGUUAGCUAGUUAGCUUGGAAAAGGGAAUGUCGUCUCAACAGAAUUAAGUAAGUAAAAAGUAGAAAAACACACGCCACUUUCUGCAUGGGUAUUUUCGCUGACUUAGAAAGCAUUAUGAGAAACGUAAUCUGUUUAUAGUUGUUCAAAAAAUACAGUUUUGUGCUUCAUUUUGUCUCUAUCGCGUAGUUUCCACAACCGAACGACUUCUACACACUUUAAUUUACAUUAUCUUUGAAAAUCAGCUUUUUUGUGUUAAUAUUAAUAUGCAUUAUCAAUCUUGACCAGCUGUUCGGAAAAAUGGGUGCAGAAAGAGGGUUUAGCUGCAGGGCUCAGUUAGCAUACUUUAGCUUGACUUUGUCUGGACAGCUAGUUAGCUCUUAACGCCGAUGUGUUUAAAUGUCCGAGGAUAUUGACUGUGACAAAUAAUGUUAUAUAACAUCAAAACACUCAGUAAAGAGGGAAAAUGUCGAUGUUGGCGAUGUUUGGCCGGUUUAAGAGGUGUUUGGUAGGGUAGCAAAUGGACGAUGGUAAAGGAAUUUACGCAAACUUUGUGCGUAAUGGCAAAAUAUGAGUUUAAAUAACAACAACUCGUGUUUGUGUGUGCUAUACUAUCGAAUUCUACCUCAGCAUCUUACACAACAACAAUAUAUUUCCUGCAAUGCUGUUACAUUGGUUGAAUUACUAUAAACAAUACUUGAACUCAACAUAAAAUAUUGGCAUUUUGCUGUAUGAAAAUUAAUGAAUCAUUUAAAUAAUUGCUUAGAAAUCCAAAUAAUUGUAUGCUGAUGUGCAAAAUGUCAAGUUUGUUCACAAUGUACCAAUUCAGCAUUACUCUUAGUAUGAACACAUGAAUAUUGAAGCUAUUUUUUACAAUCACAUGUUGAGUAAUCAGCUCUUUACUCGAUGAUAUGAUCAGCAACCAGCCAUAAUUAGGUGAUUAUAUAACAGGAGUGAUUGUAUGAGUAAAUGCCUCCAAGCACACAGUUAUUUUAGACCAUGGUGACUCUUUUCGCUGUAGAUAUUAAAAACAGUACAGUUAUACUCUUUCCCACUUUGUAUCCUAACAGAUCUCCAGGAUGUUGUGUGAAGUCCUGCUGUCAUCACUAUGGUUCCUGUUUGUUAUCUUCUGGGUCGAGACAAUAAGCGUUUGGCUGUUUCUGUCCAUGUUUUAUCAGGACAGAGCGUUUUACCACUGGGGAGAUGGGUAUGAGUUUCUUUUUUUUUUUUCACAUAGUUGUGGUUUACAUUUUUCCUGAGCAUCUCUAAUUCGUAAUAGUUCAACCAAAGAGUGCUGUGAUACUACCUAAAGAUAGUAUUUUCAAACCUUUGUGUACACUGUGUAACAAGUAACUUAAGUUGAUAACAACUUUUGUGAUAUUAGCCCUCCAAAAAUGGGAAUCAAACAGGUCAAAAUUGUAGAGUGGUUCAGCUCUAGAUCUAUGAAUAAUGAAACUAUUGAUUCAAAAAACAUGUUUGUUUUUUUUUCAAUAGAACUUGUACCUUAAACCUUAAAGGUCCAAUCUUUGUUGAACUGUUGUCUCAGCAAGCAAGGACCCUCAGGCCUAAUCGUUGCUCUCCAUUCUGGAACAUUCUUAUCUAUGCACUGUUCAAAGGUUAGUAAAAGCUUAUGAUUUUUUCAUAUUGCUACUCUUUUCUUGUUACAGGGUGUUUGCAGAUGAUCCUGGGCAGAUGAUAUACAUGUUGAGCAGGUAAGAAGUUGUUGUUUUGUGUGUAAGGGUUUGACACAGGACCUGUGUUUGUGUGAAAGUUUAAUUCUGUGAUCUUUUUUGUUGUUUUGCAGAGUUGAUACACAGAUGCAGACAGAUGUGCAGACCUGAGACUGGAAAAGAUCAAGAGCUGGACUGAAAGGACUCCCAGUAGAGGACGACUGCAGUCAUGUGAUUGAAGAACAUGAACAUGAACAGCUGUUUCACCUUUGCACUGACUGCCUUGCACACUGUUGUGCUAAGUCCUUAUUAACAUAUGACAUAGUAGACCCACUUUUAAUAAUAGGCAGUAGACGGUUGCAGCAUUUCGAGGACACAACUAAGAGGUCAGAGGAAAUCCUCAAUAAUGACGUGUAUAAGAGCCACCACUGUAACAUUCACAUUUUCACUUUAAGAUACAAGGGAAGCUGACAGAAGCGGCAGAAGAGGCUUACUGAAAAAAUAAAAGAUGUAUUUGUCCUAAAGCUCCAUGUCAGAUCUUCCCUGACAGUGUUUUGAUCAUAUUGGCAUUCAGUGAGACUACAGCUGUUUCUGCCUGCAGCUGUUUUAUGUGUCAUAGAUAUCAGAUUGCACUAAAUCUGUUAUGACUCAGGCAUAUGAAUGUUUCUAACAUUCAGAACAUUCUCUUGGUGUAUGUUUGAUACAGCAACCUUCAGCAGUCAGCUAAUUUUGAAUAUUGGAAGUAGGUCAUCAUUUGAUCUCCGCUUUUAUAAUUGUCACACUAACCUGACACAGAAAUGUUGACCAUAUGCACAGCACUAAUUCAGCUGCGGGAUCUAUUUCAAUACUUCUAGGUAAAUUUUCUUUUAAUAGAUUUUAUGCGCAUCUUUCUUUCUUUUAUGGGCUGAUAGACUUUGUUGCUAUGUGACUAAAAAUUCACACUGAGGUUGUGCGAUAACUGACACGCCUCAGUGACAACCGCAAAAGCGCCAUCUACUGAUAAAGAUCAGGAAAUAAGACAAGUAGGUUUGGAAAUGGCUGUGGUGGUGGAAAAGAGAAAUGAGGUUUAUGUAAAAUGUAUAUGCAGUAAGUUGAACGGAAGUGAUGCUAUACUGUAAAAUAGAUUUUUUUACAUCUAUAUCAAUUAAAGGAUUGGCAUUUAAAGAAAACCAACGGAUGGGUAAGGUUUCAUUUUGUGUAAAUGGAAAUGAAUGUCAAUGCUGUGUAUCAAUAUGAUAAAUAAAUAUAAUUAUUUUGACUUGCAAGGUCUCCCUGGAUUUGUCACACUGACUUGCACAGUGCAUGCCAGAGCAGUUGGAGGCACUAGUAAUAGAAGUGAGAAUGCAACUUUUAAAAGAUUAAAAGGAAAAAAAAUGUGAACAGGGAGUAAGAAGAGAAAACUGAAGAGUGAGGAUGACAAGGGAGCAGUUAACCCCUCUAGCAAUAAUCCACUGGCUCUUGUAGAUCCUGGUAGUUGUUGAUAUCUGGACUGAAGUGAUUGGUAUCAGGUGGAUAGAAUGUCAAUGCUGUGUAUCAAUAUGAUAAAUAAAUAUAAUUAUUUUGA